AUCUGCCGCUGAGACCCUUCAGUUCAUGGAAAGACACUUCGUCGUGCACAUCGUCUGGCAAUCAAUACGACCGCGUACAAUAGCGUUUGAUACGUAAUUGUCACAUCACCAAGGUCCCCUUUCACGCAAAAGCGGACGACGCAGAUAUGGAAAAAUUCAAAAGCGUGCAAUCGGGAAGAAUAAUCAGUCGGCCGAUCGAGAUACUACUUCGUAUGUUCGGCAUCUGGCCGAAUGUACCGUACGGUCCAUUCUGCAAAGUGUUUUGGAUCAGCCUAAUAAUAAUCAAUUCGAUUCUCCAACUCCUGUUUAUUGUCUAUCACGGGAGCGACGUCAACUCCAACGUUUUCAUAUAUCUGAUCGCUGUUAAUCUGACGAUGAACAUGAAGAUUAUUAAAAUAUCUGUUAUCUGGUACAAUCAGCGAAAAUUUAACGAGAUAUGGAAAACAAUGUCGAUGAAUUGGGCGCGCAGCAAUGAGUACAAGAGCGCAAACAAAAGGUACAUGUCGUAUUAUUUGCCUAACAUUAUUGUGACACUCAGUGGGCUCUCGAUGAUAAUGACCGCAACCGGUAAUCUUUCUGGCGCAAUGAGUUACGACGAAUCUUCCAACGGGACGCGACCGUACGUCCUAAAGAUAUAUCUUCCAUUCGACAAUAUAAAACAAUCUGUGUAUCUAUUUAUAAUUACUGUACAAUUUUUCUACUUUUGGCUAAUGACCGUCACUUCAGCCGCCAUUAAUUCGGUUCUUGUUAUUUUGAUUGCGUACUUAGGCGAUCAAAUUGAUAUCAUUUGUACAUGUUUGACGAAAAUGUCGCCAGAGAAUAACGACCGCCAAGCUAACGAGAUUAUGAUGAAGGAAGUGAUCAGAAAGCACCAGAGUGUGAUUACCUUUUCGGAAAAUAUCGAGGCUCUUUAUACGUACAUCGCAUUGAUGUUAGUCGUGCUAAAUACUUUAAUUACCUGUGGCUUGGCCUUCGUGAUCGUUAACGCAAUCGGGACGCCUUUUUUCCUCAAGCUGUUAAGGAAGAACCUUUUGUUCUACUCCACGAUUAACAUUGAGACAUUCGUAUUUUGCUUCGCCGGAGAAUAUAUUAGCGCCAAGAGCAAAGCAAUCGGCGAGGCUGCGUACUAUUCGCCCUGGUAUCAAUCCAAGUUUCACGCUCGCGCCGUUUUGUUCAUGAUAAUGAGAUCGCAAAAUCACUUGACAAUCACUAUGGGGAAAAUCAUGGAUCUGUCAUUCGAACUAUUCUCUAAUAUUUUAAAAACUUCAAUGUCCUACUUGUCGGUACUACUAGCAAUGUAUUAAAGAGAAGAUGCACUCCGUAGCUGUAAUAGAUAGUUUAAAUAAAUGUUUAUAGAUUACUAGUGCAUAUAGUUAGGAAUUAAAGGAAAUUGUCACACAAUUCGCAGUUGAGUAAUACUCGUAUCACGCCAACUUCUAGCUCGCAGCUGGUCAGUGACGAAAUGUUUUGUAGACGUCACUUUUCUUUUCACCAAAUAAAUUUGUCAAGUAUAUUCGUAAAAUAAUAAAGAAGCGCUACUUACGUUUAUCUUUGAAGCAUCGACGAGGAAAGGGAAGAAGCGGAGCGUCUUUGUUCGGGUCGCAGACGAGAGUGAACAGAUCACGUACGUCAUAUUCAUAUCGCCGUAACGAACAAAGCUGCUUUCUAAAGGAAGCAUCGCAGAAACGAGUAAAUAUGACGGGGAUGAUUAUAGAACGUGGUGUAUACGUACUCAGGCUGAGUUCUACGAAGCAAACAUGAUUCGAUAAAGCCAGUAAUGGCAUAAGUUACGGUAAACGAUUACACGAUAUGUUUCAC